AUGGCCGGCCGUCACAAACCCAUCCGUCUUCCCCCCCUGAAGACCCUGCGCGUGCACGACCCAAAGCGCUCGGUCGAGAACCCUUGCAUCGCCAUCAUGUCCAGCGUUCUCGCAUGCUGGGCUUCAGCAGGUUACAACGCAACGGGUUGCGCAGCCGUAGAGAACCAGCUCCGAAAAUGCAUGGAUGGCCCCCCGCCUCCUCCCGCGCCUACAAACACCAUCAAUUACCACUUGGCACGAAUGUCAAAGCACAUGACCGGGCCAAGGAAGCAGAAGUAA